GCCGUCACAGAAGGUGAACAGCUAAUUAGCAUGUAGAAAACAAAACGAGAAGGAGCAAACAUUGGUAAUACCAUUUCUCUUUGCUUAGAAUGUAAGAGGUGUUAAUUUGAACAAGACUGUCAGCUGUCCCCAAGUGUAUACCUCAGACAUUUUGUACUCGCGGGUUGAAAAUAACAGGGUUUAUUGAUAAGAUGGAAAUACAAUAUUACAGCUACAGAUAUCCCUCACCGUGCAACCCUGACGUGCCAGUGAUAUCAUGGUUCUUCAUAUUUCUGUUCGAAGGGGAGUAAUUUACAGGAAGUAAAUGUAAACAUACAUGGCAUUUUCAUGUUUAUACGGAUUUCUGACUCCCCCAACAUAGAUCCCAAAUAACUUUGCUUUAAUUUCUCAAGCAAGUUACACUACUAAAUGGCACAUCAGUGUUUGAAUGGCUCCGUAAUCUUUAUUUUGAAUGGACAAAGAACCGACCGCCUCACUACAAUCUAACGGAAAUACAGACAUCACUCCGUAACGCUACAGAAGUGGGCUGUCCCCACGAAAGCUCAUGAUGCCAUCUACAUGUUCUCUUAGUCUUUAGGGUGCUGCGGGACUAUUCGUGGGGUUUAAAGUGUUAAUAGCGCUGGAGCGUUGAACUGAGAUUAAAAGGCAGCUUUUAAAGGACUGUCUGCAGUAAUUGGUUGAGACUCUGAGCGCCGCUGUUGACCUAUCAGGCAGAGAAUCGCGCUGAGCGAUCCAGCCCGUCACGCCGAGCUGAGCGCUGAGCUCAGACUCCUUGAGAGGAAUGGGCAAGGGACGUGGCUGCGGGGGGUUCUAUAAAGCAACACUGCUUACAACAUCAGUGGCUGCGGACGCAGAGGACUCCAGUGAGGGGAAAUACGUGGCCGGGGAUCCGAGCGCCUGUCACCGGAGAGCGAUGGCGGAUACACCAAGGAGCCGCGGCCGCACACAGAGAGCACAGUUCUACUUUAUACUGGCUACGGUUUGGGAGGCGGUGUCUGGGCACAUUCGCUACUCGAUUCCCGAGGAAAUGCAGAAAGGCUCCGUUGUGGGGGACGUGGCAAAGGGGAUGGGGCUGGACUCGGAGCGGCUCUCGGAGCGCGCGGUCCGCCUUGUUUCCGGAGGUAGGACGCAGUACUUCGCUCUGAAUGCGGAGAGCGGCCAUUUGAUCACCGCGGAGCGCAUAGACAGGGAGCGGAUCUGCGGCCGAGCCGAGACCUGUCUCUUGCAAUGUGAGAUUCUGGUUGAGGAUAAAGUGAAGCUGUUCGCAGUGGAAGUGGAAAUCACGGACAUUAAUGACAACGCCCCCAGCUUCCCGGCGAAGGAGCUGGAGUUAAAAAUCAGUGAGAUUACAGCUGUGGGGACUCGGAUCUCCCUGCCGGAGGCGCAGGAUCCGGAUGUGGGAAUAAACUCCAUCCAGAACUACCGACUGAGCGACAGCGCGCACUUUUCUCUGGCUGUGCAGGCCGGAUCGGAUGGUGCUAAGUAUGCGGAGCUGGUGCUGGAAAAGGCUCUGGACCGGGAAACGCGGCCUGUCCACGUAUUAACUCUCACAGCAGCUGACGGCGGAGACCCAGUGAGAGCCGCCACUGCUCACAUCCGCGUUGUGGUUGGUGACAUUAAUGACAACGCCCCGGUCUUCACUCAGCCGCUCUAUAACGUGAGUGUUUUGGAAAACGCGCCUCGCGGGUCCCUGGUUCUCACGGUAAACGCCACGGACCGCGAUGAGGGACCGAAUUCCGAGGUGACCUUUUCGUUCAGAAAAAUUACAGACAAGGCCGCUCAGAUAUUCCAGCUUGAGCCUAGGACAGGAGAAAUAUCGACGAGAGGCGACCUGGACCACGAGGAGGCUGCGGCAUUUGAAAUGGAAGUGGAGGCCAAGGAUAUCGGAGCCCUCUCGGCCAGGUGCAAAGUGCUGGUAACGGUGCUCGAUGUGAACGAUAAUUCCCCGGCGAUUGCAAUCACUUCCCUGCUCGGCCCGGUGCCUGAAGACGCACCCCCCGGCACAGUCAUCUCGCUGCUACAUGUCCAGGACGGAGACUCCGGCCCGAAUGGAGAGGUCACGUGCUCCAUCGCAGCCAAUCUGCCGUUCCGCUUGCAGAAGACAUUGGACAAUUACUACAGCUUGGUGACUGACAGAGCCCUGGACCGGGAGCGGGUCUCGGGUUACAAUGUGACGGUCACAGCCACAGACCGCGGGACUCCCCCGUUAUCCUCCACCACAAGCAUCUCAGUGCAACUUUCGGACAUAAACGACAACGCGCCCGUCUUCAGCCAGACAUCCUACACUGUGUCCAUCCCCGAGAACAACCCCAGCGGGGCCUCCGUGUGCUCCGUGAGGGCCACUGACCGCGACUGGGGGGAGAACGCCCGAGUGACUUACUCUCUGCUGGAGGGCGAGGGCCGCGAAGCUCCGCUCUCCUCCGCCGUGUCCAUUAACUCGGAGACCGGGGCUGUGUACGCGCUGCGCUCCUUCGACUACGAGCAGCUGCGGGAGCUUCGGUUCCGGGUGCAGGCUCGGGACGGGGGGUCCCCGCCGCUCCGCAGCAAUGUCUCCGUCAGGCUCUUGGUGCUGGACCAGAAUGACAACAGCCCGCACAUCCUGCACCCCGCCUCCCCCAGCGAUGGCUCCACGGGAGUGGAGCUGGCCCCUCGCUCCUCCGAGCCGGGCUACCUGGUCACCAAGGUGGUGGCGGUGGAUGCGGACUCCGGGCAGAACGCCUGGCUCUCCUACCAGCUGCUGAAGGCCACGGAGCCGGGGCUCUUCUCGGUCGGAGUCCACAGCGGCGAGGUGCGGACAGCGCGCUACUUUGUGGACAGGGACGGCCUGAAGCAGAGCCUGGUGGUGCUGGUGAAGGACAACGGGCAGCCCCCUCUCUCGGCCACCGUCACUGUCACGGUGGCGGUGGCUGACAGCAUCCCCGAGCUCCUGUCGGACCUGAGCAGCCUCUCGGCUCCCGCGCAGCCGCAGUCCGGCCUCACCUUGUACCUGGUGAUCGCGGUGGCGUCCGUGUCCUGCGUCUUCCUCACCUUCGUCAUAGCGCUGGUGGCCCUGCGGCUCCGGCGGUGGCGCGAGUCGCAGCUGUUGGACUCCUCGAGUGGGACUUUCAGCGGAGUUCCCGUCUCGCACUUCGUGGGCAUCGAUGGGGUCAGAGCGUUUCUCCACUCCUACUCCCAGGAGGCGUCGCUCACCGCGGGCUCCGGGAAGAGCCAGUUCAACUUCCCCCAGUCAAACUAUGCAAACACUCUGACCAGCGAGCAGACGUGUGAGGUAAAGGAUCCUUUCCUAAUGGCCGAGGAGUUAGACAGUAACAGGGAUCAGUCCUCCGUUCAGGUGAGCUGA